GAGGAUAAUUGUUGGAAAGUGCGGCCGCUAUGUGUCAUACGUCUGCUUUGUGUUUGUCACCCCAGUGGCCGCCAGACAGUCCUCCCGAAAAUCCCUCAAAGACAUGAAACACAGCAGCAGCCGCUUGGACAGACUUUCCAGUAACAGCGGUACGCUGGACUUCUCCUUCGAUCGCUCUGACGAACAUCCCCUUGACGUCUUUGAGGACAUCUUUACCAACUUCGAAAAAAGGAAGAAAACUAGAUCCGGUCGACAGAAGCAACUUAUUCCAAAGAAUCUUAUGAAUUUACGCUCACUCCAGCAAGUUGUGGGUCUCGUGGCGCACAAUCGCAAUCGUAAAUUCGCCUGUUGGCCUGCGACUGCGACCGUUUGCGCUCAGUUUCAGGCAUCACUCACAAAGCUGAUGGACACCAUCGGAAAAGCCAACCCUUUCUUUAUUUUCUGCUUGCGCUCCAAUGCGGAAAAGAAAGAAUUUCACUUGGACGAUGAGCUUGUGCGCCAGCAGAUUCGCUACACAGGCCUCUUGGAGAUGAUUCAAGUACAGAAAUCUGGCUACAAUGCCAAAUACACUUUUAAGGAAUUUGUUGAAAAAUUCCGAAUGUUGCUUCCAAAAGAGUCCACCGAGUCCCCGGAACACAUCACUAAGCUCUUCAUCAGCAUGGACUUGGAUCAGAGCACCUACCAAAUAGGAAAAACCAAAGUGUUCCUUAAAGAAAAGGAGAGGCAGCUGCUGCAGGACACCCUGAACAAGGAAGUGAGGCGUCACAUCGUCGUCCUGCAGCGCUGGUUCCGUGCAUGUCUGAUAAGGAUGCACUUCCUGCAGAAGAGAGAUGCCUCACUCAUUAUACAGAGGAAUUGGCGUGAGUUUCACGAGAACCGAAGUAAAGCUGCCUCAGUGAUCCAGACGGCGUGGCGGGCUUCACUCAAGAGGUCGCAGAAAGAGCACAAAACAAGCAGUGAAAAGAAUUCAACAGAAGUUCGACCCGCCAGAACUAACCCAUCAAGAAAAGGUCUACGUCGGCAGCAAAAAGUGGAGGUGAGCCCUAACAGAAGUGAGCAGGCUGACACUGUCAUGGGUCAGUCCACUGCAAGCAGGGAGAGACGAGGUGGUCACGGUUCUCCGCCAUCCCUCAACCGGCCCCUGUCCCUGCCUUUGGACCCCAGAGUGGGUAGCGAUGACACGACUGGUACCGCUGACUCCCCUAAGAGCAGCUCCCUCCAGCGCUACAAAGACACAGGCGACUUUAAGGAGAAGGCCGAGAGGUGGCGGGAGAGAAUGAGCGACGAAUCGAGUCCGGAGGUGAGCAGGCGGCAAGGCAAGCGCAGAGAUGACUUCCGGGACAGGGGGAAGUCCAUGUCCGCUGAUGAACUGUCCAGGAUCAGCUCAUCUGGCUCCGACAGCUCACCAUCUGCUAGCGAGGUCAGGGUACGCUUGCGGAAAAAUCCCAAGCGCAAGCGCCGCUUAGCCUACGCUCGCAGCGGCUUGAUGAUUAACUUUGCCGGCUCCAAGGAGAGCGAGUACUGGAGCUUUCCACUCCCCCCCUUCAGCCCACGCGCGUCUACCCUGAAGACUUCAGCCAGUAGUGUGGAUGUCCGUGCCCUCAAAUCUCAGGUCAAGAUCCCCACAGAGCCUGACGGGUCCAGGUACAGCCUUCCUGCCAGGAGCUCCAAUGAGGACUCAGGAUUACAACGAACCAACCAAUCGCAACUCACCACCCCUGAGAAAAUUUGGUUUCUUAGUAGAUUCCUGCGCAAGCGGGCGCCUAAGGUGUCCACCAACAAUGACACUCCCUCGGAAGAUAAAGCUGUGACCUUGCCCAGCUACAAGCCCCACUCCUACAAGAUGCCCGAGCAGAACUCCGGGCGUGUGGUUCGCAACCCAACCAUCAAAAUCAGCCGGGCCACACGGGCCCUGCGGUGGAACGUCUCACUGGACCGUGAGAUCCAAGACCCCAAAGAGCUGCGCAACCUGGACGAAUUUCUCGGCAACCAAGUGAAUGACUUGCGAACACGAAUCAAAGAGCUGUCACCAACAGAGAGCAUCUUCCUCACGGCCACCAUGCAGUUCAGAGAGACCAUUAAAGGCAUGUUCUCUGUGCAGAAGCCUCAGAUCGGCUACAAAGAUCUAAUGAAAGGCUACCAAAACAAAGUCAGCUCUCUUGCCGGCUCGAAGAAUAAGAGCGAGGUGUCGCUUGUGAUCAACUUGUUUCAGUCCAUGCUGGACGGCUUCAUAAGGGGCGAGAUCAAGAGGAUGGACUCGGAGCCGGUCAAGGCUGCCAAGACGACAAAGAAGAGAAGGAAAAAGGACAAAUGUCCUGAUGGUCCACUUGAUCACCGCUUCAGCACCUACCAAGUGAACAUCAUGCAGUCAUGUGACCUGUGCGGCUCCUACAUCUGGGGAAUGGAGAAAGCCUACAUGUGCAGCGCCUGCAAGUUAAUAUGUCACAAGAAAUGCUUGACCAAAAUCAUCACUGACUGCUCAACACGCUGUGCCCGGCAGGAUGACAGCGUACCCGGUGGCCUUCACUUCGGGGUCCACGUUUGCGUCCUGACCAGCAAGGCCAACCCCGUGCCCAAGGUGGUGGAGCUGCUGCUGAUGCACGUGGAGAUGAACGGCCUCUACACCGAGGGCAUCUAUCGCAAGUCGGGCUCCGCGUGCCGUGCCCGGGAACUCCAUCAAAUCAUGGAGAUGAAUCCCGAGGCGGCCAAUCUGGAGAACUACCCCAUCCACACCAUCACAGGCCUGGUGAAACGUUGGCUCAGAGAGCUUCCUGACCCGCUCAUGACUUUCUCUCUCUACAGUGACUUCCUGCAUGCUGUGGAGUUUCCAGAGAGGGCUGAGAGAAUACGGGCAGUGUACCAAAAGGUGGAUGAACUUCCCCUCGCCAAUUAUAACACGUUGGAGCGGCUCAUCUUCCACCUUGUCCGGGUUGCCAAUGAGGAAAAUUACAACAAGAUGACGCCAAGCUCCCUCGCCAUCGUCUUCGCCCCAUGCAUCCUGCGCUCCCCCAAUUCCGACGACCCCUUCCUCGGCAUGAAGGACGUGGCCAAGACGACCACGUGCGUGGAAAUCCUCAUCUCGGAGCAGUUCAGGCGCUACAAGGAGAAGCUGCAGAACAUCCAGGAGCUGGAGUAUGCUGAGGCUUUGGCUGUCAAUCAACUCAAGCUGAAGAGACAAAACACGAUUGUGGAAAAACCAUCUGAACUGGAAAUUCCCGACCAGACUGAUUCAGAUGAGCGGACUCUCAUUGAAAGAAUCAAGUCCAUCAAGCAGGAAAAGUUGGACCUGGCCUGCACAUUACCCGAUCUGGAGCAGGAGAACUCGGACAAUGAGAUCCUGGACUCGUCGUCGUCCAUGAGCACGGAGAGUUUGGAUGAACGCCUCGGCAGUCUGGACUCAGAAGCAAAGGCAAGCAUGCCACCGGCAGUGGACUCAACAGGCCAAGUCAGACACGUGCCAGAAGACGUCAUGAAGCCCGAGUGCUUCGCCGCAUCCAACUCUUCCACCGUGGAUGACAAACAAGCGUUGAGCAGGAGCUUUGACAACCUGGAAAUUCCUUAUAUUGAUGAAGAGGAGAGGGAGGAGGAAGACGCGACAGUCAGUUAACACCACCCUUGUUGUGGUGUGCACUUUUGUCUGCCAGUGUUGCAAUGGAAACACUGAUAAUCAAUACAACGUAUCUCGCCACAAUAGUUCACUUUCAAGGUGGCAAACCUAUGUCCCGGUGUCCAUAUGCAGCACCGCCAGAGCAUCUGAUGCAAUCCGCCAUGCCAUUCUGAAAAGACACAAAGAUUUGACCCACAAAUUAAUAAACAUUUGCAUGUAUUUUUUUUUCAUCAAUUUUAGCAUGCCCGUCAGACGACAUCAGCUCCCGUUUGAGACCGACCCAAUCUAUUGUCAUUUUACUGUUUUGUCAAGGUACUAAAUAUGGAUUACAUCCACAAGGAUGAUAUAUGGAUUGUAUGAGCAAAACUUUUUUUUUACUGUACAAAAAUAACAGUUCUAGUACUGUACAUAGUAUUUCCAGCUGCUGUUUUGUUGUAGUGCAUUGACUGAUCCAAUUUUCCUAUUGUUACCUUUUAGACUGACAUUUCCUCGUCUUAACAUUUUUCCUUCCAUAUAUGCAUGCCUGUACAUCUUCAAAAGGUAGCAUCUAUGGCAAGCUAACUACUUCUGACCUGUUCCUUGAAAUAAACUGACCAUUUUCUUA